UAGGGUGGCACUUGCCACCCCAUGCCACCCUUCUAGAUCUGCCCCUGGAUAUGUGUGUCACACCUGCGUGAUUUCUGCCGACUUGACCUUACCUGUCUGCUUGUCAGCUUUUCAGCACCUUCUCUUAUUACCAAAUAUGAACGAUAGGAUCUAAAAUACAGACAAACCGUAAUAUUUUACUAUUAAUUGUUUUAUCUUUACUUACAAUCAGGAUGUAGAGUCCUGAGGACAAAACAGCGACUACACAGGAUCCUAGUACAGUAUAUAAAAUAUUAAAAAUAAAGCAGUAGUUAAUCUAAAAUAUUACUAAGAAAAGAAAAAACAUAAAAUAACGCAACAGGCAUUGUGAGAUUGCAGAGUGCACAGAUGACAUGCGCAUGUUCGGCAUGUUACUCGUGUAUUUCUUGGAGUAUUUCUACAUUAUUGUACUUGUACACGAGUAAAUGGUGUGAAUACUUUGAUCCAAACAUGCUGAGCUGAUUUUACUUCUGCAGCUCAGACCUGAGGUCCUCUUCACGGUUUCAGUCACGCAAACACAACAGAGUUCAGAUCACAUGGAAGCUUGACAGGGUAUAAAUAGAGAAACGGAAAAUCAUGAGCGACGUUCUGGGAGGGACUGACUCACACACACACACACACACACACACACACACACGUCCUGUUUCUUUGUCUUAUCUGCUCGGUGGUCGGAUCAUGGACGCCCGGCUGCUCUGCAGCACUCUGCUGCUGUCCGUCACACGAGCACUCAGCUCUGCAGAUGACGGCUGGUUCGUGAAGGUUCAGCCGGAGGUACGAGGCAUCGAGGGCUACCCGGUGGUGCUGCCGUGCACCUUUGGCCAUCCGCAGCACUCCCAGCAUUCCUCCCUGCAAGUUGUGUGGCGUCUGGGCCACGGCCAGGGAGCCACUGUCCUGUACCGCUGCACCAGCCGGUCCGGAGCCCCCACCUGUGAGCCAGGGCCGAAGCAGGACCAGCGCUAUCGACUGGAGGGAAACCCGAGGGAGCACGACCUGUCGCUGCGCAUCAGUAACACCAUCCUGCAGGAUAAUGGACGCUACUACUGCCGAGUGGAGGUUCAAGGACGAGAACACAUCAGCUUCGAGGACAAGAUGGGGACCAGACUGAGAGUGGAAGCUCCUCCAAAGAUCCUGGGCCUGUCGGUGGAGGGCACUGAGCAGUCCGGGUACAGAGCGCUGUGUCGGGUCCAGGGCUCCCCGUUGCCGGACGUCCAGUGGCUCGGCCCGGACGACCUGCUGGAGGGCUCUCUGCUCAGGCCGCUGGCUCAAGGCUCCACCGGCCACUACCACACAGUCAGCCAGCUGAGAGACGUGGAGCCAGGCCAACAGUACACCUGCAGCGCCUCCAACCCACUGGGUAAAGAGCAGGCCACUCUGUAUGUCCUGCCUCCCCAGCCCCCCCUCUCUCUGGCCGGGGCUUCACCUCCUCUCCUGCUCCUCCUGUCGGUGUCUGUGGGGGCAAAAGUCCUCCUGCUGGUGGGGAUGGGGGUGUGGAUGGUGCAGGGCGGAGCUCUGCCUGGGCUCAGCUGCUGGAGGAAAUGACUGAUGCCAUUUAGAAACACUUCACUUAGUGUAUGAGCAUGAUAAAAAUAAAUGUAAUCAUUGAGUUAGAACAGUAUAAGCUGAUCAAACAGCCAGUAAACAUCAUAAACCAUGUCUGAAUUUGAAUAACCUAAAAUUACUCAGUUUUAUCUGCUGAUGAGAGAAAUUACAUCCCUCACUGCUGAAAACAAGAGUUAAUAAAGGUAAAAAGAUCUUCUGUGUAUGAUUCCUGCUUUGAUUUGGUGAACAUGACACUGAUGAGUCUGUAGCCGCUAAACUGGUGACCUAAAUCUUCACCACCACGUCUAUAUACAUACAAGCAUAAGGGGAGAGAGUGAAUCAGCGCUCGGAGUACGGACACUGGGCCGGCUUUAAACACACCAUUUAUUUUUUUAGAAGAACAGCCAGAAUCACAAGUAGGAGUUAAAAUCCCCACUAUAGAAUAAAAAUAAAUGUUCCCAACCCGCUAAAAAGCCCUGCAGGCAGAGAUUAAAAUACAAUUAAAAAAAUCAAAGCUAAAUGAAUGUCCUUUUUAUACGAUAAAACGUCCCCCCCAGAGUCCUCUAUUCCCAGUGUCCAACCACACACACUCGGGCAAAUGUUCCUUAGCUGAAA